AUGGCAUCGGACGCCCGCCCUUCCAAGCGGUCCCGACAGACCGUCGUCGUCGCUUCGACCUCGACCUCGACUUCGACCGCCCCACCACCCCAGGCCAAGGCUCCGGCUCCUGUCGGUCGCCUGUUCGCCCCCUUCCGCUCGUUGGGCCAUGUCUCGACCUCGGUGCCGCUCGUCGUACUUUCGAGGAGCAGCAAGUACCUCGAAACACCGGCCUUGACGGUCCUCACCAGUUUGGGCAACUCGUGGGCCAUGUGGGAAGGUCAAGGAUUGAAAGUGUUGUUCGUUGGUGAGUGGACGGAGCUGUAGGAGAGGUGCGAGUAGGCCCCUCCUCUCGGUUCGGCCUCAGCUCGGCUUAGCUAGGAAGAUCUCACGGUCUUAUAUAGACUGAGUGCGGAAACUGAUUUUUCCAAUCGUGUGAACCCGACAGGUCCCGAUAUGGGUUCGCCCAUCACCAGUCUUGCGCUCAGUCUUGACAGCGUUUACGCCUCCACCUCCAAAGGUUGGGUCGGCCGCUUCGUCAGGGGGAAGCAGGUCGCGCACUUUGUCAUGAAUGGCCAUGCUAGAGAACACAGACGGAAAAUAAGAAGAGGGAAAGCAGCAUCCUCCUCGUCGUCGUCGUCGUCAGGCACAUCGAGCGAGGACGACGUUUCGGACACGAGCGAUGAUUCGGACUUGGAUUCUGAUUCAGAUGGUGGCGACGACGAACCUGCGUCCAAGAACGACCCCUCCGUUGCCGAGGGAGAAUCCCUGCAUUCACUCUGCAUCUUUGGAACGACCAUGCUUGCGCUCACCGCAUCGGGUACCAAGAUGAUCGUAUGGGACCUCCCCGCCUUGACCAAAGAAGCUUCCCAAGACCCCCUGGCCCCACCUUCAGCGGACGACAAGGACGAGACAGCCAGCGUCAUGAACGAGAGCGGCCACAUCACACCGUAUGCGACAAUCGAGUUCCCAACCGGAUUCACCGCGACCAAGGUUGUGCAUCCUGCGAGCUACCUGAACAAGGUCGUAGUCGGCAGUCAGGAAGGCGAAUUGGCCGUUUGGAACGUCCGGACUGCGUAAGGCCGAGCUUGCUCCUCUGCUAGUGUUAGUGUGGAUGCGCAGCAUUCAGCUGACCAGUCCAGUUCCAAUCCCCUGCAGUAACCUCGUGCACACCUUUUCGGCAGCGGCACUCGCACCACUCAGCUCGCCCUCGCCCAUCACCGCUCUCACCCAAUCCCCUGCGAUCGACGUACUCGGUGUCGGCUUGGCCAACGGCGCGUGCAUCCUCUUUGACGUCAGGAUUGGUCAGGUCUUGGGCAAAGUCAAGCUCGAAGGUGAAGGUGCCGGAGAAGUGGUUGGUGUUGCGUUCAGGAACGGUGCGUUCACUCGGCCUCGUUUGAAAAAAAAAAUGAGGCAUCGGCGAGGAAAAUCGAAUUAACGCCGCUACGUCGCUUGCGCUUCUCCUCAGAUGACAUUUCGCACACCCUCGCUGUCUCGUCCUCGACGGGUCAUAUCGCCUUGUUCGAUCUCGCGGCCAAGAUGCGUCUGUUGCACCUCGUUCGAGCGGCUCAUGAAGGCGCAGUCGGGGGGCUGGUAUGGGUUACCGGUCAGCCUUUGAUGAUGACGAGUGGGGGUGAUAAUUCGAUCAAGGUGAGCGAACGAGUGGGGACGACUGAUUUGGACGGCAAGGAGUGGGGGGGAAAUUGACAUCAGAUCGCGCCUGUUCACGUUCUCUCUGUAGCAAUGGCUCUUCGACUCACCGAGCGCACCCCCGAGGUUACUCAAGCAGCGAUCGGGGCAUCAUGCACCACCUCAUCUCGUGAGGUACUAUGGCGAGGACGGCAAGGCCAUCUUGACUGCCGGUGCGGAUCAUGCUUUGAGGUACACCAGCAUCGUCAGGGAUUCGAGGGGGUAUGAAUUGAGUCAAGGUGCGUUUAUGGAGAGGAGGAUUGCUCAAAGUCGGAGCUUUGGACUGACGACCUCUCCACUGCAUCUCAGGUUCUAUUGCGAGGAAGGCAACGCAUUUGGGUGUCAAGCCCUCGUCACUCAAGUUGCCGCUCAUCACUUCGUUGGCGUACUCAACCGCUAGGGCCAAGGAGUGGGACGACGUCGUCACUGUUUCGAGAGGGGAGGAGGUUGGGAGGAGUUGGAGCGUUUUGAACAAGCGGGUUGGAAAAUGGACGUUGAGCGUGCAGGGGAGUGUCAAGGUGAGUAUAAAUUGCAGAUCGUGCCUGUGGAGGUAUGGUAUUGAUACUGAUUCGUUUGACGCUAUGUCUCCUCGCACCAUUCUAGUGCUCGGCUGUCACUGCGUGCGGCAACUUUGGGCUCGUCGGAUCGUCGAUGGGUCAAGUGGUUCUGUACAAUCUCCAAUCCGGACUCAAGCGCAAAGUGUUCAAAGUGCCGCACAACGGAUCCACCGACGUCCGCGGCCAACACGUCACCGGCGUCGCGACCGACGCGCUCAAUCGCAUCGUGGUCGCGUCGACGUUGAAAGGCGCACUGCACUUUUUCGACUUUCAGACGAUGCGCUUCCUCAAGACGGUCGCGCUGGGCGUGUCCAUCACGCGAAUUGUCCUGCAGAGGGAGAAUGGUCUGUUGGUCGCUGUGUGCGAUGACUUGGUCUUGAGGAUCGUAGACAUCGAGACCAAGAGGGUUGUGAGGGAACUUGCGGGGCCGAGAGGGCAGAUUUUGGAUGUGGUGAGUUUUCUCUUCCCGUCCUCACACAUCAUCGGUCGACUAGCAAUGGACGGAAAGUGUGGACUCGAGAACAACUGUGCUGAUGUGCGAUCUUGCUCUCGUACCCAACAGGCAUGGUCCGCCGACUCGCGCUGGCUUAUCGCGACUUCUCAAGACUCGAUCAUUCGAACAUACGACAUCCCCACGGGGAACCUCAUCGACGCAUUCCGCACCUCGACCGUCGCGACCUCGCUAUCCUUCUCCCCGACCAACGACUUUCUCGCAACGACCCACGUCGGCAGCGUCGGUGUCUACCUGUGGGCCAAUCGCGCGCAGCUUUCCGAAGUCGCGCUCGGGUUGUUCGAUGAGGACAAGUUGGGCGUCGAAGAGGUUGGGUUGCCGAGCUUGCAAGGUGUUGCGGAGGAUGAGAGUGAGCCAAACGAUCGGGGAGCCUGAGAGUGCUCUAUGUUUUGGAAAAUAAUAUGAACUGAUCGUCUUGCUGCCUCUUCCGUAGACUUGUCGGAAUUGAUGGCGCCGACAAAUUGGAGCGAUUUGCCGCCGUUCACGACGCCGGAUCAGCUGAGCGGCGAACUGUUGACGCUCUCGCUCAUGCCGAGAUCGAGGUGGCAGACCUUGCUCAACCUCGACACAAUCAAGGUCAGUUGUUGAAGAUGAAACGGGCGAAAGAGGAUGUGGGACCCAAACUCAUUGCUUCUUCCUGCUUUCCCUUGCCAGCAACGCAACAAGCCAAAAGAGAAGCCGAAAGCGCCUGAACGAGCCCCUUUCUUCCUCCCCACACUCUCAGGCGUGAAAAAUCGCUUCGACCUCGGAGCGGACGGGAAAGAGAAUGCGAAGGACGACGAUCAACUGCAGAAGAAAAAGACCAAGCUCGACUUUGUGUCGGCCAUGAGCGUCGAGACCGAGUUCAUGAGGAGACUUUCAGGCGAUGAUCCGACGGGGAACUGUGAGUUUGCAUCUGUCUUUGCCUCACUUGCGUCGUAUGCGGGGUAAAAUCUGAUCUCUUUUGCUACGCCGCGGUCGUAUUCGAUAGACGAAUCUUUUUUCACCUACCUCAAGGCCCUGUCCCCUUCCUCGACCGAUCUCGAGAUUCGGUCGCUCACGCUCCUGCCACAUCUCUCGCUAUUCCUCUCGGCGCUGAACCGUCGCCUCGCGUCGCACCGCGAUUUCGAAGCCGUACAAGCGUACCUCUCGCUCUUCCUCCGAAUUCACGGCGACGUCGUCGUCCAGAACACAGAGCUGCUCGAACCGCUGCUGCGGAUCGACGCGAUGCUCAAGCAGGAAGCCGACAGGUUGGUCGAACGCACCGCGAGGGCCCUGGGCACGCUCGCAUUCUUGAGGAGCGCACCGGUCGUCUAG